UCUCUUCCUGCUCGUUGCAACUAUUAUUUGAAUCUUAUUUUUUUUUUUGGUAAAGUAUUUGAAUCUUAUUUUAUCUGUUUCUCCUUCAAGUUUCUCCAGAAUCCAAUUCUCUAUCUCUCGCUCGUUGGAUUUGAUUUCUGGACAAGAAGCAAUCUCUUUCCAUGCUUAUCCCCUUGGAUCUUCGAGAAAUCUCGACCUCUGUCGUGGAGUUGACAAUUCAUUUCCCAGUUCCGAUUCUCUGGCUCUUCGAUUGAUUGCAGACGCAAAUGGAAUCCGAUUUCGGGUUUAGGGUUUCUCUGGCCUGAAUCAAGUUAAAAUGGCGAAGCGUGGAUAUAAGCUGCAGGAGUUUUUGGCACAUCCUGCAAAUGUGAAUUGUCUGCGUAUUGGAAAGAAGACAUCACGGCUUCUUAUUACCGGUGGAGAUGAUUGCAAUGUCAACCUUUGGGCAAUUGGCAAGCCUACGUCUUUAAUGAGUCUUUGUGGGCAUACAAGCCCAGUUGACUCGGUAGCUUUUGACUCAGCAGAAGCUUUGGUGCUUGCUGGAUCUUCUUCGGGUAUGAUAAAGCUGUGGGAUCUGGAAGAAGCAAAGAUCGUUCAAGGUCUUACGGGACACAGAUCAAAUUGCUCUGCUGUGGAAUUCCAUCCAUUUGGUGAAUUUUUUGCAUCUGGAUCCAUGGACUCGAAUCUAAAGAUUUGGGAUAUCAGAAAGAAGGGCUGCAUUCACACGUACAAGGGUCAUACUCGUGGCAUUAGCACUAUCAAAUUUAGUCCUGAUGGCCGUUGGGUAGUGUCUGGAGGACUUGACAAUGUUGUAAAAGUAUGGGAUUUGAUUGCUGGAAAGCUCUUGCAUGAUUUUAAAUUUCAUGAAGGACAUAUUCGUUCCAUUGACUUCCAUCCACUUGAGUUUCUCCUUGCCACAGGUUCUGCUGACAGGACUGUCAAGUUCUGGGAUUUGGAAACAUUUGAACUGAUUGGAUCUUCCAGACCAGAGGCCACUGGAGUUCGUUCAAUCGCUUUUCAUCCGGAUGGUCAGACCCUUUUUUGUGGAUUGGAUGAUGGUUUGAAGGUUUAUUCAUGGGAACCUGUGGUUUGCCAUGAUGGUGUUGAUAUGGGAUGGUCAACACUUGGUGACUUCUGUAUCAAUGAAGGGAAGCUCCUGGGUUGCUCAUACUACCGAAAUUCUGUUGGAAUAUGGGCUGCAGAUAUAUCGCAGAUUAUCGAGCCAUAUGGAGCUGGAACGGUGGAUAAAAACGAGUAUGUGGAAAAAACAUUUAGUAUGAUAGAUGAUCAAUCUUCUGGAGGAACAGGGAGUGUACCAAGGAGAAGUACAUCCCCAGAUUAUGAAACUAAGGAGAUAAAAAACAUAUAUAUUGACUCCACAGGUGGAAAUUCUACUGCUGCAGAAAAGCCAGGAUCCCUAAGUGCUCCAAAAGUGGUAUUGCCUAUGGAAUCUGGAAAAGAUAGCAGUAUGAUGGGCCGGAAGCAGUCUGUUGGACGAACAGAGGACAGGUCUUUUUUCGUGCCUAGUGUUGUACAGCGGGACAGUGAUAUGGGAAGAGAUUCUUCUGAUUCUGGAAGGGACUCUAUCGCUUUCUCAAGAACUAGACCAGGGAUGUUACUAAGACCAGCUCAUGUAAGAAAAACCGCAACAAAGUUUGAUGAAACAAAGCAGUCAGCUGCUGUUCUGUCUGGGGAUCAGAAGAAAAGCGGAUCCGAUACUGAAAAGGAGGCAGGUACUCAAAACCUGCGUAUGAAAUUAACUGAAGUGGAGGAUUCUACAAUCAAGGGCAUUGCGGACAAGUUUGAAAAAGCAUUAUCGCCAGAACCACCGGCUAAUGAAGUGAAUCGUAUUCUGCUGAAACCGCCUCGUGUACAGAGGUCACCAAAUCCUAAGUCUAGUGAGGCUAGACGGACAUUAUCUGUUGAUUCUGGAACUUUUGACCAUAAAAAGGGUGGGUUAGAGAACUCAACAGACAUAGACUUACAAGCAGGCUAUGCUAGCGAGGGAAGUGGUAGAAACCUGUCCGAGGAGGAUAUCAACAAGAGUGUUGCCAGCAACCCUGAAAGAGUUCUAUCACCUGAAAAACCUGAUUAUGACCUGAAAAGCCUCGAAUCCCCUGGAGGCAACAAUGAGUCGAACUCUGUUAAGAUUGUAAGAGGAGUAAAAGUUGUUUCGGGAAGGACACGUUCAUUGGUCGAGAGAUUUGAGAGAAGAGAAAAAUCUACUCAUACUGAAGAGAAGACAAUUAGUACAACAUCAAAUCACAACAUUAAUAUGCAGGAAGAGAUCAGUACAACAAAGAGACAUGCAGUGAGUACAACUCCAAACCCGGUAAUGCCUCUAGUACUUGAUCGGACAACUAACACGAUGUCUGAAGAGCCUACUACGAUUUUAAUACGGCGAGCUAGGAGUACUCCAGCACGAGUAAUGCCUGUGGUACUCAAUCAGGCGUCUGAUAUAACAACAUCUGAUGAGUCUCUUGUAACUUCGACACUAUCAGCUAGGACUUCUCCAGCCCGUGUAUUGCCUACAAGAUCCGAUCAGGCUAAUAACCAGACAUCUGAUAUGUCUCAUAUAGCAUCCAGGCAGCGAGCUAGCCCUACGGUACUCGAUCCAGUGGUUAAUAAGACAGCAGAUGAGUUGCAUGUAACACCAAAUCGACCAGCUAAUGAUAUUUCAGCCGAGAAAGAAGAACCUCAAAUAUCUGGGAGGGAGAAUGAUAGUGACAUCCUUGAAGAUUUGAAUCAAACUCAUGAUGCAUUCUUAACCACUCUUCAGUCGAGGUUGACAAAAUUACAGAUUGUAAGACACUUUUGGGAACGGAAAGAUAUUAAAGGUGCAAUUGGUGCAUUGAAGAAGCUGUCCGAUCAUUCUGUCCAGGCAGAUGUUAUCGGUAUCCUAACGGAUAAAACAGAGGUUCUGAAACUUGAUCUGUUUUCUGAAUUGCUCCCUAUCCUCUCUGGCUUAUUGGGUAGCCGGGCUGAGAGGCCUGUAAAUGUAUCCUUGGAAAUGCUCUUGAAGCUUGUAGCAGCGUUUGGUUCUGUUAUACGCUCAACCGUCUCAGCUCCACGAAUUGUAGGUGUUGAUCUUCAUGCGGAGGAAAGGUUAGAGAUUUGCAGAAGUUGUUUCGCGGAAUUGCAAAAGGUUCAGAAGAUUCUUCCUGUACUCGCAAAACGAGGCGGUAUAAUAUCAAGAAAGUCUCAAGAGCUAAAUCUAGUUCUUCAAGAACCAUAGGCCAUGGCCAUCAUCUUCUUCACGGGUUUCACCAGAUCUUGGGUGUGAAUAUUAACACAAAGCUUCUCUCGUAUUCCCUCAGCCAAAAUCCGCUGUUUCACGUGGCGGGUUUUGGGCAAAAACUCGAGAAGGGACACAUGGAUUAAGGUAUCGGAAAAUCGGUAUGUUGUAAAUCAUCUUUUGCUGGAGCUAUUGAUACUGAUUCAUGUGAUCUUUGAUUCAGUGAUUAAUGUUCUUAAUAUUAUUUCCUAUGCCUCUC